UUAGAGUUGCUGUUGUUAGUUUUUCAUUGAAGGAUUUGAUAUGAUAUGAUGGUGAUUUGAGUUUGGUAGGGUACUAAUCGAUUUGACUCACGGUUUUCUCUGAAGUCUGAACUUUAAUUUUGCUCAGAGCUUGAAAUGUUUGAACUUUGAACUCAUCAUCUUGCUCGUUAUCUCUUUGAUUUCAAAUUCUGGUCACCAUGCAUGCCUGUGUCUCUUUCUGCAAACGGUGAGAGAGAGCGCUAGUCUCUGUAGUAACGAUUUGGAAUGCGGAAGUUGAAUGAUUCGACGAGCUUGAUGAUAGAAUUUAAUUAAUCGUUGUGCAGUUUGUUAACGCUUUUCACAUUUUCAUUCUCUUUCUCCGAAUCGGUGAUUCUGGAUUUUCACCUUUUUUUCAACUUUGCGUUUUCCUGUUGGAUGUAGCAUUUAAGUCAUGUUGAAUCAGUGGUACCAAGAAAGCUUUGUCACUUAGAAAACAUUUUUCUAUAUGGAAAUGGAAAGGAAUAGGAACCAAUCAAUCAAUAAAUUUAGUUGCGGGAUGCUAUACUAGAAGAAACUUUUGUUCAUGAUCAAAACAAUGGCAUUGAUUGCUUUGAUCUGCCACAGAAAUUAAGGUCUUUCAUGAUUUAACUAGUUACCCCUCAUCAACAGAUUUAAAGCAGUGGUGGAUCAUAUUAGCCUCUUGUCUUACAUGGGAGGGAAUUAUAGUAUUUUGGGUCUAAGCAUUGUUAGAGGAGUUUCUCCCAAAUAGAAAAUUAUUAAAAUCCUUGCUGAUAAGGUUGAGAUUAUCUAUGCUUUUUUCUAUUUGUUGUAGCGACUUGAUGCUGUAGAUGAUCCCUACAUUAUUAAUGGAGCAAGACAAGAAGAAGAUCCAUCCCAACAUCUCCAUCAAGCUGAUGUGGAGAACAUUACCUUAUUUGACCGCUUUGAAUCAUCCCAUACUAAUGCGGAACCAUACGAUUGCUUCGAGAGGUUUCAUAUCGAAGGAGAUGAGGAAACGCGGGUAAAUGUAACUUCAGGAGAUUACACUGAAAUCCCAGCCACGCUUAUGCCCUCCCCGCCACAUGAAGAUGACCAAAAGAGAGAUGAUAUAAUUCAGGACCAACAUCAAGAACCCACAGUCAUUCAGCAAAAUGAAGUCAUGGAAGUUAGAAAGGAACACAUAUGGAGAGGGCCAACUAAAAGGAAAAGAGGACAGCCAGUGGCAAACGCAAUGGAUAAUGAGCAAACCAUCAUUCCUGUUCAUUUACACCAGCAUUGGCUUCAAAUGCAUCUGAUAUUGUCUCACGAAGAGGAAGAAAGAAAAAGCAAACUGAUAUCAUGUCUUCAACAAAGAUACCUGACAAAUGAAGCUGCCACCCGUUGUGCUAGCGUGUAAUUUAUUUACGGCUGAAAAUAAAGAAAUAUAUUAUCCAGCUCCUCUUCUUGACUUAUGGAUUAAGAGCACUCAACCACCCCAUAAUUCUCCCUCAGAAAGGAAUCCAACACACUAUCCUCCAGAGCCAUCAUUUUCAUCACCUCCAGCAGGACCUAAUGAAGAUCUCAUGCCUUAUGAAGACUUCGACACUAGGCUAGACAGACAGUUUUUGGUACCUCCAACAGAGAAGCUGCAGAACAAUGGUCAAGAUACUGAAAUUCUCAUGGAUGAACUCAGGACUAACCUUGACCACGGCUUGAGAGUACCUGAAGCUACUCCCCAAGUCUGGUCAGGGAAAUCUGGAGGAGACAGCAUACACUCCUUUCCAGGAUCAGUAUCUGAACAUGGUCUUUCGUCGAAUUCAGGCGGUGAUAAAGGAAGAAAUAUUUACAGGAUCUCAAAGAAAAGACAUUCAUCAUCUGGAAAUGGCAGUGCAGGCCUUAAGCCAGUGGCUGAGAAUGCAAAAUUCAAGUUAGCUAGGGUGUCUGAAGUUGGUGAUCCUACACCUGAUCAAGAGCUACUUGUGGAAACAGGACCCACACAAACACAAGCAAACAUCGAUCAUCCUAAUGAGAAGAUAGGGGAUUCAAUCCAAGCGCACAUGAAAGCACAUUUCAGCACACCUGGAGCUCCUGCUGGAAUGACCAGGAAAUCAGCAGCGCAGUUAUUCUAUCACACUCUUGUGCUUGUUACCGGCGAUGCGCUGAGAGGUGAGCAAAAAGAGCCCUAUGGGGACAUUCUCAUCUCUAGAGGGUAAAAAAUGUGAUUAAGCAGGUGGCAUUGAACGUUUUAUUUAGUAAACGAUAGCAAGCCCUCAUAUGCAAUCAUGAGUUGCAAUGUGAUAAUCCUUCUAAAGUGGUUUGCUUAUCCGUUUCAUUAGUCUUUGUAAAUUGUAAUGUCAAUUUUAAAUUGUUUACAAAAGUUUUUGUAAACGGACUUAGACGUCUCUUGGAUGAUUUUAUAUUUUUAUUGGUCUUCUGCAUAGUAGCUUCAUUCGGGUACAAUGCAUUGUUGACAAUGCUAUCUUGACCCAAAAAUUGUUUACUCAAUAAAUAUUUAUAAAUAUUGACAUUUGGUGACA